ACGGUGAUUUCUAGUUCGCCGCUGCAGCGCGGACGACACGAAGCUAGAGUGUACUAAACAAGCGAAAGGUUGCAUACGCGCCCGCGAGCUUGCGCGCACUUGCAGAAUGUUAGAUUUUGCUAUAUUCGCAGUGUGUUUCGUCGUGUUUCUCAUAGCACUUGUGCUCUACCUGUACCCGAGUUCUGCGAAACAAACGACUAUCCCUGGACUCGAGCCGUCGGAUAAAAAGGAGGGCAAUGUUGGCGACAUCGUCCAAGCAGGAGGACUGCAGAAUUUCCUCAUCUCCUUGCACAAGGGAACCGGACCGAUUGCAUCUUUCUGGAUCGGCACGAAAUUGGUUGUCAGCAUCGGCAAGGCUGAUUUGUUCAAGACGCAAUCACAUGUAUUUGACAAACCAGCCGAAUUGUUUAUGCUGUACCGUGACGUGAUGGGUGCAGGCAGCAUCUUCUUUGCAAAUGGAGCAGAAGCACGAAAAAGGCGCAAGCUCAUUGAUGAAGUACUCAGAGGAAAGUCCCUUGACAGGUUCCUAGGAUCAAUAGAGAAGCUGUGCACUGAAGUGAUAAUGCACUUGAAGGAUACACCAGAUGAUGAACAUGUGCCUGUGUACAAGUACAUGUAUGCCCUCUGCAUGAAAAUCUCUACGCGCCUGCUGUUCGGAGAGUAUUUCUUUAAUGACAUGGAAGUGCUCAAAUUUAGCAGAAAUUUUGAGCUGUGCAUAAAAGAACUCGAAGAGAUUGCCAAUGGCGUGGUGCUAGACUCAAACAGUCCUAGGACAAAGAAGUAUGAGGAAGCUGCGAAAGAGAUGAGAAUGCUGCUUACAAAGGCAUUGCAGAAGUGCAAGGCAGGAGGUGACAAGGCGCUUCUGGCAAACGUGUUGAAUGAUGCCUCUGUGCCCGAGGAGCAGGCCGUGGAUGACUGUGUCACAUUUGCAAUCAAAGGCUACUCUCUUGUUUCUGCCAUGACUUGGAUGCUGUACUUUCUUGCCACCCAUCCCGAGCUCCAGGACAGUAUUGCUAACGAAGUAAAGGAAGCCGUUGAUAAGACCAAGGGCCUAUCUUGUCAAGCUCUCUUGAGUAUGAAGUCACUGCAAAACAGCAUCAAGAGACGCUACGUACUGCAACCAUUGAGCCAUGGGCUGCUCGCUGCCAAGAUGUGGACAUUGAUAUUGCUGGGACACAUCAUUCCCAAAAAGACACCUGUGAUUCAAGCAUUAGGAGUCGUUUUGCAUGAACAAGCGAACUGGAAGGUACCACAGAGGUUUGAUGCUUCAAGGUUUGAGGAUGCUCCAGAGGACCCAUUGGCCUUCUGUCCAUUUGGCUUUGCCGGCAAAAGACAGUGCCCGGGUCAGGACCUGAGCAUUCUGGUGAUGGGAGUAUUUCUAGCCACAUUGUGCCCGGUACUGAAGUUUCACUUCGUCCCGGACCAAGUAAUCACCCCCAUGUCAGCUCUAAUAACUCGACCGCAGGACGAGGUUUGGGUUACGAUCAAGAGAAGAUAGCCUGGCUUGCCCUCGGGAUGAAGCACGAGACCUUGGCAUGAAGUUUCAGUCAACAGUGGUUGGUGCCUGACCUGGAAUAACUUAAAUCAUAAAUCGCUGACAAGAAACCCAUGGCAUGGCAGGUUGUGGCGGUGGUGGUUGCAUGAGCGUUUGACCUUGAUGGCAAAAGAAAGAAGAACCCAUACCCCAAGCUGCUUUUCCACACUUGUGAGGGGGUGAGCUAGGCAAAAGGUACAUCUAUCAUAAAUUUGUAAUUGAAGGACAAUAACAGACGGCGAAAUGAUGAGCAGAUCAAGUUCUUGUGGAGUGUUGUACUCAGUCUUUUGAAUUGAGCCGGAGAACCUGCACCAACAAAAGCACAGCAUUCGGCGUGGUGAUACGCACAUUGUAAGCAGUUCAUGCCUGUUGGGGCUCUAACAGUCAAGACAGUGCCCUGAAACUGCAGGACUGGCAGUGUCUUGGAACAUUUACAAAAUAAUUAUGAUGUGAAUGCCAAGUUGUAUAGCUGCAUUUAUUUUUUAGAGUUUGUGUGAAUGAGACAGCCGUGCAUGCUACAGAUGCCAUUAGGUAGAUGCGCACUUUUGGGAAGCGGAGUUCUGCCGGGUGGUCAUUGAGCUUGCAGGCACAAUCCUAAGUUCGGUGCAUUGCAAUGUUGAUCAUUUCGCAGUUCCUUCGAAAGUUACAUUUUGCAAACAUUGCCUACACUUUACUGAUAGAUGAAACGAGCUGAAUCGUAGUUUUUCAGCGGUCACCACUUUCCGUGAGUCACCACACAUAUGCUUUCUCACAACUUAUAAAAACAGAGUCAAUUCUUGUCAUGUAGAAUUUUGCCAGACACUAAUUGUACCUUUUCGCAAGGUUACCAGGAAGUCUGCCAUUAUCUCCUAAAAUCUUAUUGAAUGGUUAGAGCAAUAAAUAAAAUAAGAAACUAAAUUAAUUUU